ACGUGAUUAGCUCGUUGUUAUAGCAACCGAAACACGAGCAAGAUGAGUGUGUGUGCUGGCGAGGAAAGAGAGAGAAGAGAUCAUAUCACCAACUUACUAGCAAAAGUGCAAGAUGACUUGAGGCUGUUAAGAGAAGAUAUACAAGAUCACGUGACAAGAGGUGACCCUGUUGACGCAGAGGCCAUACAAGUAGCGCUCAAUCAGAUAGAGAACAAUAUAACAGAUAAAACUGAAGAGUUGGUUAGUAGACAAUUUCAAGCUGUUUCUACACUUCCAGUUGGAUUGCCUGAUAGUAAACAGCUAUCCAAACCUUUUCAUCUUAGAUCAAAGUCUCUUCCCCCUCCACACUUAUCCCAUUCAUCCCCAGGACAAGAAGCACAGCUACUGUACAUUAGUAAACUAUUGAGUCAACCCACACAUCCAGCUACCCGUCAGGUCCUCAGUGACGCAUUUGGUAUACCACUUACUGAGAAAGACUCCAAGAACCAGAGGAUCAAGAAACAAGAUAUACAAAAGAGACUCAUGCCUAUAAAGACCGUCCCUCAGCGGACUGCACUUCCACUUAUUAAUAGAAGGGACCCUAGAGCUACUCAACCUGUCAUCUCAUCUAGAGAUGCUCAGCAUGGAAUACUGAAUCUAUUAGAGAGAGGUCUUAUACCAAGAGCAGCUGAUAUUAUACUGUAUCCUUCCCCAGUAAAGCCAAAGGCUAUUACACUACAAAAAUUUUCUAAGCAUGACCUCAAAGCACCACCAAUUGAUAAUUUUGAAAGUCGUGGUGUUUGGGCUGGAAUUAAGUUUGAUUUUAGUGGAUAUUCUAAAUACCCAUUACCAGGAAUACCAGGCACUGCUACCAUUUCUAAGCAACCAUUUAAAUACAAACCUCCUCAAAAUCACACACUAACAGUUCACACAUUACCUCCUAUACCAAGUGACCAAGAGCCCUAUCAGACAGUGGACAGUAGAGUAGAUGUACCUGUACCUGAACAUAGAGAAAAGGAGGUCUCAUUUAAAAACGUCCAAUCCAAGAUCACUAUUCGCGGUGGCAGUAUUUUACAAGAUAAUGAUUAUGAAGCUGUCAAGACAGAAAAUGCUUCAAAAUGGGACAUGAUGCUUAGAAUACUGGGCCUUGUUGAAGAAAUGGCUCAAAACUAUGCUAUACCAGUCAUAUUUGUUGGAGCUCAAAAGGCAAUACACUUGGCUGAAGAAUAUGACUUGGAACCAGACCCUAAAUACAGAGAGCUGAUACCAUGCGUUCUUAAUGCUAGAGAAGUCAAACAUUUACUCUCUACUCCUGGUCGUCGGUAUAAAGGCCAUAGAGGUAUUCAUGCAGCUGCUACUAGGAUCCAAGCCACUUAUCGCAUGUAUGUGCGAAGAUGCCAGUAUCUUCAUUAUAGGAAAAUGAAAUGGGCAUCAGGUGUGAUAGCAAUGGGUUGGAUGCUCCACAUGAAAGUACAGAACUCGAAGAAAUAUUUAAAAAAGAAACAGGAACUUAGCGUCACAAAUUAUAGGAGCCGACUGAAAGAGCUCGGAGAAAACUGGGACACAUUCCACAAUCAGAAACGAGUUAUUAUACACAUACCAUCAAAAGGGUAUCCUAUCAAAGUUCGAAAGGCCAUGCAGAAUUUUUUUCUAGCCCAAGCCUUUCAGCUACCUCGUAUUUUUGAUGUCUUUGAUCCAAACGUUGAAGUGGUUUAUGUAUCACCUAUUGAGAUAGGGGAGGAAGUGAAGGAGUACAACAAGCAGUUACUGGAUAAUGCUAAAGGUGUGGCCAGGUCCAGCUCUGACAUGUGGAAUAGAAUUCAUUUCAUUGUACCUGAUAGUCUUGACUCUUUUGGCCUUCACAAUCUCUCCCUCUCCACUUUCCUCAAGUACAGCCCAAUGGCCCUCAAACGGAUCAAGAACAUUGUUGGUGGUCAUCCUGCUGUUCUUGUACCACAUGUUCCCCUCCUUGAUGACUUGGCUCUGGCUGAUCAGUUCAAUAUCCCAGUCAUAGGUACAGAGCCCAACCUAGUUCAUCUCUAUUCUACUUUCUCCGGUCGUAGAGCAUUGUUCAAGGCAGCCUUUGUACCCACUCCCCCUCACCUCCAGGGAGUGUACAGUGCUGAACAACUGGUUGAAGGACUUACUAGUCUCAUCAUCAAUUAUCCUUAUUUUAGAAGGUGGAUUUUUAAAUUGGAUCAUCACUGUCAAGGAAAUGGAAUCGCUUAUUGUGAUAUUGCGGAUCAUCUUGAUUGUCACCAGUGGCUACUCAGCGAAAAGGCACGCUACGGGGACAAGUGGAAGAAGCAGUGGGCACAAGAGCGAGCAAGACGGAAAGUAUUGUCACAGCUUCCAACAAUACUAGCCAAUAAGAGCUGCAUAGCUGAUGAAACCAUUUAUGAUAACUGGUCUCAUUUUGUGAAGGAGUUCCUAGCAUCAGGUGGUACAAUUGAAGGACAUGCACCAUCUGACAAUGUUACCUCACUUACUGCUGAAAUAUACCUCAAACCCAAUAAAACUCAUACAUUGCUCUCUACCUGGGAUCACAUUCUAAGCGAACCAUUCAAAGUCUGGGGUGGAUCAAUGCCCCAGACUUCAGUCGAUUAUGAUGAUCUAAGCCUCAUGGUUGAUAGGAUUGCUAAGGCUGCUUUCUCUAGAGGUCUAGUUGGUCAUAUUUCUGUGGAUUUUGUCACAUUUAUCGAUCCUGAAACAAUGUCACAGGUCACGUGGGCAGUUGAUUUAGACUUUGGUCCCAGUGAUAUGAUAUACAUGAGCAACCUGGCAUCAGGGAUGGCUGGCCUUAAGAUGCCCGAAUGGUCAACUGGUGAAAGCGUUGAGUCUACUCCUCAGUAUUACAUGGUUGCCAGUACUAGACUCAAACAUGUCAAUCUCUCUGUUGUCCAGUACAGCGUGUUCUUUCAGAUGUGCAAAGCACAUUUGAUUGGUUUCAAUAACAAGACUUUGACAGGUACCCUGUUUACUUUGAUUGAAAGUAAAAGGAAGCACAACUUAGGCAUGAUUUGCUUACAAAAGAGUCUAAAGGAGUCCUUAGUUUCUGCCUCUCGUGCUCUUUCAGUGGUGCAUCAGGAAAUAUCCACUGCUACUGAUUCAUCUGAUACAUCAAAUUUUUCUAUGGUAUGCAAAGCUAUUGAGGGCCUGGUUGAACAAUUGUAAAUACAAUUAUUAAUAUCAUAAUAUUAUUUUUUUGUUAUCAUUAAAAUCAUUAGAAGAGAAAUAGAGUCCAUUACAUAGUCCAAAA